GAUCUGCUUCCAGUGCAAAGAUGUUAGGUUGUCUGUGGGGCAGUCUAAAGAGUUCCUGCAGAUCUCUGAUGCUGUUUGUUUCUUCAUGGAGGAGCUUACCAUCUACCAGGGUCAACUGGAGGCAACCCUGAAGGAACUUCAGGCCCUGAGGAACAUGCAGAAAGAUGCUAUUGCUGCUUACAAGGAAAACAAGCUACAUCUGCAGCAACACAUCUCCUUGGAGUUUCUAAAGCUGCAUCAGUUCCUGCACAGCAAAGAAAAGGACAUUUUAAAUGAGCUCAGGGAAGAGGGGAAAGCCUUGAAUGAGGAGAUGGAGCUGAGCCUGAACCAGCUUCAGCAACAGUGUCUCCUAGCCAAGGAGAUGUUGGAUAUUGCACCUCUCAUGGACAGCUUGAAGCAAGGAAUGAGGGUGCUGACACCCAGAGAGUUUAUCUCCAGGAAGCUGAAUCCGGGACUGUACAAAGGUCCCAUCCAGUACAUCAUAUGGAGGGAAAUGCAGUCCACUCUGUCUCCAGGCCUAUCUCCAUUGACUUUGGACCCUAAAACAGCUCACCCAAAUUUGGUGCUCUCCAAAAACCGAACCAGUGUGUGGCAUGGGGACAUUAAGCAGGUAAUGCCGGAUGAUCCAGAGAGGUUUGACUCAAGCGUGGCUGUGCUGGGCUCAAAAGGCUUCACCUCUGGAAAGUGGUACUGGGAAGUAGAAGUAGCAAAGAAGACAAAAUGGACAGUUGGAGUGGUCAGAGAAUCUAUCAUUCGGAAAGGCAGCUGUCCUCUAACUCCUGAGCAAGGAUUUUGGCUUUUAAGACUAAGGGACAAGGACGAUCUAAAAGCUCUGGAUUUGCCUUCUUGCAGUCUGAAACUGACUAACAACCUCAAUAAGGUGGGCAUAUACCUGGAUUAUGAAGGAGGACAGGUGUCCUUCUACAAUGCUAAAACUAUGACCCACAUUUAUACCUUCAAUAGCACUUUCAGGGAGAAACUUUAUCCCUACUUCUGCCCUUGCCUUAAUGAUGGUGGAGAGAAUAAAGAACCACUUCACAUCUUACAUCCACAGUAA